CGCAGCCAUGUCAGCCUCACUAGCACCCGAAUGCAACGAAGUUAAAGAACGUUACGAUUCCUGCUUCCUAAAAUGGUACUCGGAAAAAUUCAUCCGAGGAACCGCCAAAACUGACGAAUGCGAACCUCUUUUUCGACAAUACAAAGAAUGCCUGGGAAAAGCUCUCAAAGAGCGAGGAAUCGACACUAUGCUCGAAGAAGCUCGAGCGGACAAUAAGGAGAAUGAUUUGGAGUAUAUGAAACCUACGACUAGUCCUAAGGUGUCGUGAUAGAUGAGUAAGAGGAGAAGAAGGAGUCAGUCCUGUCAUCAGUCCGGACACUGUUGCACCUCUUUUCGUUUUGUUCGCGUUAGACAUGAAGGUGCACACGGGCGAUGUAGGAGGCAUGUGGGGUGAGGGAGGGUCUAAGGAGUUUUUCCUUUUUUUCCCCUCUUUUUUUUUUGCUGCGGAGCCCUUACUAUAAAGCAUGGCGAGGGCGUUCUGACGAUGGUUU